CCUUCAUUGUGUUUUUUUUCUUCUUCUUCUUCUCGAAAUGAUUUUGGGAAAAAGGAGCCUGGCUGAGAUGCAGGAGAGUUACGGCAGCAGCCUCGGGGCAGAGCUCUGAGAUCCUCUCGGCACCACACACACACACACACACACACACACACACACACACACACACACACACCUCUGCCAAUCAAAGACACAACGACCACAGAGACACACUGAGACAGAGAGGAAGACAAGACAGACACAAAGCGAGAGAGGGAGUCUGAGGAGAGGGAAGACUUGGUGCUUGGACCAUUUGGACUGGAUCAUUCUGACAGAGACAAACAGAGCAAGACAGAGAGAGUGGUAAUCUGAGGACGUAAAAGACUUGUGCUUGGACAAUUCAGAGAGAGACGGACAGAGAAAGACAGAGAGAGAGCGAGAGAGUCUGAGGAGACAGAAGACUGUGCUUGGACCAUUGGACUGGUUUGGAUCAAACUGACUGUCCUCAUUCACUGACUGAGAGUACUCUGAGGGACUAAGUGCUUCUCCAAACUUAGACGUUAUGGCAGCUGUGCGAGGAUCCUGGCUGCUGUGGUGCAGCUCUCUGCUGUUCUGGUUCUCUCUCUCUCACCGGUCAGCCGGCUGGCCGUCCUCACCGCAGAAGCGGCAGGUCGGCCUCCGCCCCCAGAUGGCCUCCCACGGGUCCGCCGGCGGUGGUGGCCGGCACAACCUGUCGGAGAGCGCCGAGAGCAAGGUGGCGCGCCUGGGCCAGACGUUCAAGCGCAGCGUGCGGGAGCUUCGCGAACGGAGCGGCGCCCGGCUGGACCUGGUCUUCCUGGUGGAUGAGUCGUCGAGCGUGGGCCCCACCAACUUCCGCAGCGAGCUGCGCUUCGUGCGCAAGCUGCUCUCGGACUUCCCGGUGGCGCCGGAGGACACGCGCGUGGCCCUGGUCACCUUCUCGUCCAAGAGCCACGUGGUGACGCGCGUGGACCACAUCUCGGCGCCGCGCGCCCACCAGCACAAGUGCUCGCUCUUCAACCAGGAGAUCCCCGCCAUCACCUACCGCGGCGGAGGCACCUACACCAAGGGGGCGUUCCAGAGGGCAGCGCAAAUCUUGCAAAACUCGAGACGGAACGCAACCAAGGUCAUCUUCCUCAUCACGGAUGGAUACUCCAACGGCGGGGACCCGAGGCCCGUGGCGGCGGCGCUCCGGUCGGGCGGAGUCGAGAUAUUCACCCUGGGCAUCUGGCAGGGCAACAUCCGAGAGCUUCACGACAUGGCCUCCUACCCCAAAGACCAGCACUGCUACCUCGUGCACAACUUUGCAGAGUUUGAGGCUCUCGCUCGGCGGGCUCUACACGAAGACCUGCCCACUGGAGACUACAUCCAGGAGGACCUGUCUCUCUGCUCCUCCCUGUGUGAGGCUGGACUCGACUGCUGCGACCUGAUGGCCAGCUGCAGGUGUGGCACGCACACGGGCCAGUACGACUGCGUCUGCGAGAAGGGCCACUUCGGGAAGGGCCUGCAGCACGAGUGCACAGCUUGUCCAUCUGGGACAUUCAAGCCAGAGGCAGCACCUGGAGGCCAAAGCACUUGUAUGUCCUGCCCAGACCAACACCAUACCUCCCGGCCAGGCAGCACCGCCCUGAGUGACUGUGUGUGUCAGGAGGGCUAUAAGGCUUCAGGCAAGACCUGUGAAGUGGUCCACUGUCCAGAGCUGUCUCCCCCGGAAAAUGGCUUCUUCGUCCAGGGCACGUGUAAUAACCAGUUCAACGCCGCCUGUGGAGUGCGCUGCAAGCCUGGCCUGGAGCUGCAGGGCAGCGGCAUCCGUCUGUGCCAGCCUGGUGGCACCUGGUCCGGGGCGGAGGCCAGCUGCAGGGUGCGCUCAUGUCCCAAACUCUCAGCACCGCCUCAUGGCCAGGUGAACUGCACCGAAGGUGGCACCCCCCCCAGGGUGAGGUGUGAGGUGCGCUGUGCCAAGGGGUACCGGCUGGUGGGCAAUGCCAGGCUGACCUGCCAGAGCAACUCCCAGUGGAAUGGUGCCCUGCCACGGUGUGUGGAGGUCCGGUGCCAUCCCAUUGUCCCACCCAAACAUGUCCUUCUGUCGCCCCCUGCCUGCGGAGUAAGAGAGCUGAGGAGUGGGGCCUCCUGCAGACUGAGCUGUCGUCAGGGUUACCGUCUCCUUGGUGAACCACUCGUGCGAUGCCUGGCCACAGGGGAGUGGACUCAAAACCUGCAUAAAGCAGCAUGUGUAGAUUCCGAGCCGCCAUGGAUCCAGUGCCCCGAGGAUGUCGCCACGGAGACCAGAAAGCACCAGGGAUUGGCCAAUGUCAGCUGGAGCCAGCCAAUGGCAGGAGACAGCUCAGGAGAGGAGGUCACAGUGCAGGUGACACCCGUCUUAAACCCACUUCAGCUCUUUCCCAUCGGAACGGCAGUGAUCACCUACACAGCCGCCGACCGCUCCGGGAACAAGGCCAACUGCUCUUUCACAGUCACUGUUAUUGAUACCGAGCCACCGAUGAUCGACAAGUGCCGGUCUCCGCCCACAGUGGAGGCGACAGGCUCGGAGACUGCCGUCGUCUGGGAAGAACCGCAGUUUUCCGACAACUCAGGAGCUCGACUUAACAUCUCCAGAACUCACACCCCUGGCACCGUAUUCCCUGAUGGUGAAACCUCGGUAUUCUACACCGCCACGGACUCCUCCGGCAACAACCGCACCUGUGAACUCGUCAUCACUGUUCAAGGGAAGAAGUGUGUGCAGCCAUACGUCCCAGAGAAUGCAGACUUCACCUGCGUUGAGAAGGCGGGCGGGGUGAACUGCACCCUACGCUGCAGGGAGGGCUACAGCUUUACCCAGGAUGCAGUGCACAGCUACUUCUGCGUUAACAACGGGGUCUGGCUGCCACCCCGUACCCCAGACCGGCCGGACUGCUCCUUGAACAGAGUGGCCAACAAUGGCCUGAAGCCGUUUGAGAUGCUCUUCAAAGCCUCCAGGUGUGACGACCAGGACAUGCUCAAGUCUUUCAGAGGAGAGUUUAACACUGCCCUGAAAGACAUGAUCCCAUCAUUAUGCGGUGUUGAUGAUAUUGCCUGCAAGCUGGAGGUGAUGUCACAGGGCCAGUGUCUGGAGUAUGACUAUUAUGAAAAUGGUUUUGCAAUAGGCCCCGGGGGUUGGAGUAAUAACUGGGGGUCUCAGGAUGGGCAGGACUACGCCUACUUCGACUCCGGGUUUGCCACAGACAGCCAGGGCCCCCCCAUGCAGGGCGACGCGCCGGCCCACCGCAGCAGUUACCCCCUGAGAGCCAAGAGACACCGCAAGAUCGCCGGGCCCAGCCGGGACCAGAAGAUCCAAAUCAACUUCAACAUCACAGCAAGCAUCCCGCUGCCCUUGCGACGGAACGACUCGAUGGAGGUGGUCAAUCAGCGGCGGCUGCUGCGGGCGCUGGAGCAGCUCACCAACCGUCUGAAGCGGACGCUGAGCAAGCAGCCCUUCACCUCCUUCCACGUGUCCUCCGAGAUGAUCGUGGCCGACCCCAAGUCCCUGGAGAGCAAGCGGGCCGCCCUCUACUGCCGCCCGGGGUCUGUGCUCAAGGGCCGCAUGUGUGUCCAGUGUCCCCUGGGCACGUACUUCUCGCUGGAGUACGGCGAGUGUGAGAGCUGCUGGAUCGGCUCCUUCCAGGACGAGGAGGGCCAGAUGGAGUGCAAGCCCUGCCCGGCCGGCUUCUCCAGCGCGUACCUGCACUCCCGCAGCCAGGCAGAGUGCAAAGAGCAGUGUAAGCCUGGCAGCUCCUCUGUCACCGGGCUGGAGACGUGCGAGUCGUGUCCGUUGGGCGAGUACCAGCCCGAGUUCGGCUCCCGCCUUUGCCUCGAGUGCCCCGAGGACACCUCCACCGUCAUCAGAGGGGCCCAGGACGUGAACGAGUGCGGAGUGCCCUGCUCUGCGGGUCACUUCUCCCGCACGGGCCUGGUGCCGUGUUACCCCUGUCCGCACGACUACUACCAGCCCGAGGAGGGCCGCUCCUACUGCCUCUCCUGCCCCUUCUACGGCACCACCACGGUCAACGGAGCCACGGCCAUCCAGCAGUGCUCCAGUUUUGGGUCCAGUUUCUUGCCGAAGGAGGAGAGUGUGACGUCAGCCCCUGAGGUGGACGAGAGGACAGACUACCAGGCCAGCAGUCAGGUGUUCCACGAGUGUUUCCUGAGCCCGUGUCAAAACAAAGGCAUAUGCGAGGAGGUAGGGGUGGGCUACGUCUGCACCUGCCAACCAGGAUUCACAGGGGCGAAGUGCGAGAGCGACAUUGACGAAUGCGAGUCCGAGCCCUGCCAGAACGGCGGGCACUGCCGCGACGGCAUGGGAGACUUCCUCUGCCAGUGCCAGCCUGGCUUCGUAGGUUCGCUGUGCGAGGCGGAGGUGAAUGAGUGCAGCUCCUCGCCCUGCCUGAGCGGGGGCACCUGCGUGGACAAGGUCAACUACUUCACCUGCAGCUGCACUGAUGGAUACACAGGCGCUCAUUGCGAGCUGGAGAUUAAUGAGUGUGCCUCCAGCCCGUGUCAGAAUGGCGGUGCGUGCGAGGAUCUGGUGGGGGAGUACGUCUGCGCCUGCAUUCGAGGUUUCACUGGAGACAACUGUGAGGUCAACAUCAAUGAGUGUGAGAGCGCCCCCUGUCUGAAUGGUGGUACCUGUGUAGAUGAAGUCAAUAACUUCAGGUGUGAGUGCGCCACCGGGUACACGGGGCAGCUCUGCGAAGUGGACGUGGACGAGUGUGACCCCAACCCGUGCGAGAACGGAGCCACCUGCGUGGACGGCCCCGGUUCCUACACCUGCAGAUGCCCCCCUGGGUUCAACGGAACCAGGUGUGAGACAGAAAUGUCCUCCUCCUUCAACCUGGACUUCGAGGUGUCUGGUAUCCACGGAUUUGUGAUGAUUGAUGGGCUCAUGCCGUCCUUGCGUGCGAUCACCUGCACAUUCUGGAUGAGGUCGUCGGACACGAUCAACUACGGGACGCCAGUCUCCUACGCCGUGGAGGGCAGUGACAAUGCCUUCCUGCUCAUCGACUACAAUGGAUGGGUGCUGUAUGUUAAUGGAAGGGAGCGCAUCACAGACUGCCCGGCGGUGAACGAUGGUCUCUGGCACCACAUCGGUGUGUCGUGGCGCAGCGAGGAUGGAGACUGGCGCGUUUACAUUGACGGCAGCCCUUCUGACGGCGGGAAGGGGCUGUCUAUGGGCAGCAUCAUCCCAGGUGGAGGUGUUCUGGUGCUAGGACAAGACCAGGACCAGAGGGGCGAGGGUUUUAACCCCGUGGAGUCUUUCGUGGGCUCCCUGAGUCAGCUCCACAUCUGGAAUAAAGUUCUCUCGUCACAGCAAAUCAGAGCUUUGGCCAAUGGCUGCCCAGGAGAUCUCAGCAGAGGAAACGUGUUUUCCUGGCCAGACUUCCUGCAGGGGGUCACAGGGAGGGUCAAGAUCAACCCCAACUGCGUCUUCUGUUCGGACUGCCCCCUGCUGGAGAAGGCGGUGCCUCACUUGCGUGCCUCCAACCCAGCCGUCAGCCCUGGCUCCCAGGUGCAGCUCUCCUGCGAUCCUGGCUUCUACCUGGUGGGGGAGCCGCUGCAGCAGUGUCUGAACAAGGGCGAGUGGAGCCGCAACUUGCCACGCUGUGAAAGGGUGAACUGUGGCGCCCCUCCUGCGCUGGAGCAUGGCACGUUCCAGGGCACAGACUUCUACGUAGGGAGCUCAGUGACCUACCAGUGCAAGCUGGGCUUCUACCUGCUGGGGGAGGCCAAGAUGCUCUGCGCCAACAGCGGGAAGUGGACGGGCAACCCACCUGCUUGUCUGGAUGUUGACGAGUGCGCGCUCGGCUCGGACUGUGACGCGCACGCCAGCUGUCAGAACACGGACGGCUCCCACAUCUGCAUCUGCAUCUACCCCUACAGCGGAGACGGGAGGAACUGCACAGAGCCAGUGAAAUGUAAGGACCCAGGCUCUCCAGAGUUUGGCCACCGUGACGGCAGCAUCUACAUCCUGGGCAGUCUGGUGCUGUUCAGCUGUGAGGUGGGCUACGAGCUGGUGGGCUCCAACCAGGUCACGUGCUCCGAGGACGGGAACUGGGACGGCCACUUUCCAUACUGCAGAGCCCUCUCCUGUAGACCUCCCGCUGUUCCAGAGGAUGGAAGCUUGAAGGGGACAAACUUCACGUUCGGAAGCAAGGUGACUUUCAGCUGCAACGAGGGGUAUUUGCCGCGAGAGCCAGUGGAGAGCCAGUGUUUGUCCACUCUGAGAUGGAGCAGGGCGCCCCCUGUCUGUACGCCCGUGACCUGCGGUGAACCCCCUGCUGUAGACAAAGCUGACUUCACCUUCAGUGGGAAAGAGUACCUGUCCUCUGUGACGUACACCUGUAGAGAGGGGUACAGGCUGCAGGGUCCUGCCGAACUGCAAUGCGAGGCGACUGGACAGUGGGCAUCACCUGCCCCUGUGUGUGCCCGAGUCAACUGUGGGACCCCUCCCCCUUUGCGGGACGCCGUGAUCACCGGGGAAAACUUCACCCUGGGCAGCCAGGUGCACUAUGUGUGCAAAGAGGGAUACACACUUCUCGGAGAGGAGACGAGGGAGUGUCUUCCGAUUGGCCAGUGGAGUCAGAGCUCCUCCCAGUGUGCCCCCCGCAGCUGUGGGCCCCCUCCCCCUGUGGACCACGCCUUACCCGAAGCAGGGCACCAGCUUUUUGGCGACACGGCCAUCUAUUUCUGCACUGAUGGUUACAUAACUGGCAACAACACCAAGAUGCUGUGUAACUCUCAGGGUGAUUGGGCGCCCCCUGAAGGCCAGGAGGCGCCACACUGCAUUGCCAACUUCUGCCAGAGACCGCCCAAGUUGCCGCACGCCAUCUUGGAUGCCAUGAACAAACCCAAGUAUGCCAGCAACACCGAGGUGAGCUACAAAUGUGAGGAGGGGUUCAUGCUCAACACCACCGCCACCCUGAAGUGCAUUCUGGGAGGCGAGUGGGUGCCCUCACCUCUCGAGGUUGGCUGUGUGCCCGUCCGCUGCUCCAAGCCGGAGGAGAUUGAGAGGGGGUCAUUCAGCGGGACGGACUACAGCUUUGGAGCCAUGGUUGCCUACACUUGUGUGACAGGAUAUUUCAUUCGGGGAGAGAAGAGGAGGACCUGCAGUGCCAAUGGGGAGUGGGGUGGGAUCCUGCCAGCCUGCCAGCCGGUAACAUGCUCCUACCCUCCUUCACUUGCAAAUGGUUUCAUCAAGAGCCCUCAGAAGAGAAGUACGUACGUCUUUAACAGUAAGGUCACCUACGCCUGCAGCGCUGGAUACAGCCUGAAGGGGAAGGGAGAGCGCGUGUGCCAAGCCAAUCGGCAGUGGUCUAAUAAUGAUCUUCCAUCCUGUGUGCUCCUGACGUGUGAGCGCCCUCCAGACAUCAAGCAAGGACACUACAAAGGCUCUACUUUCCAGAUGGGCAGCAAGGUGGAGUACACCUGCAGUGAAGGCUAUGAGCUAACCGGCGAUGCCAUCUGGACCUGCACAAAGUAUGGGAGGUGGGACAAGACCAGGGCUCCCCGAUGCUCCCCAGUCCAGUGCCCCGAACCUCCUCUAGAGGAGAACCACCUGGUCCUGAAGAACCUGGACUCAGACACAGGAACCAUAGAACUGUCCUGUGAGGAAGGCUACACGCUGCGUGGCGCCCGCACACUCCGCUGCACUCCAUCUCACGAGUGGAAUGACUCGUUUCCCGUCUGUGAGCAGGUCUCUUGUGGGCCGCCCCCAGACGUGCCCUUCGGGGAUCGGUCCUCCGCCACCCCCUCACACUUUGGCAGCGUGGUCACCUACUCCUGCAUGGAUGGGUUCAACCUGAGGAAAGGAGCCUCGGUGGUCUGCCAGGCUGACGGACGGUGGAGCGCCCCGACGCCAGAGUGCAGCCCAGUGGAGUGCCCUCAGCCGGAGGAGAUCCCCAACAGCAUUGUGGACAUGCAGGGACUCAUGUAUCUGAGUACGGCCGUCUACAGCUGCAAACCUGGUUACAACCUUGCGGGCAAUGCCACAGUCAUUUGUGGGCAGAGCGGACUCUGGAUUGGCGGAGUGCCAGCCUGUCACCCCAUUGAGUGCCCUGCACCGAAGGAUAUUGCCAAUGGCAAGGUGUCCUAUGCCCAACUCCAGUUCAGUCGGUCUGUCACCUACUCCUGUCAGCAGGGAUAUCAUCUACAAGGCGCAGAAACACUCACAUGCCUUGAAACUGGUGAAUGGGACCAGGAAGCACCCACCUGUCAACAGGUAUACUGUACCCUUCCCAAGCCAAUCAACAAUGGCUUUGUUGAAGGACUGGACCACAAGUUUGGGGUAACCAUCUUCUAUAGCUGUUUCCCUGGCUUCCAGCUAGUUGGUCAGAACCACCUCACCUGUGAAGAGCGUGGAUGGUCCAGUGCUGUACCUGCCUGUGUAGCAACUGACUGUGGUCUGCCCCCUCACAUUGACUUCGGCGACUACAAGAAGCUGAUGGACCCAAAUUCUGAACUGGCAGGAGAAGGGAACCAGGACGGCAAGCUCACAGACGGAACCUCGCUGGCUGACAUGAGCUACCUGCAUGGGGUCACCAUCAUUUAUCGCUGCCACACUGGCUACGAGAUGUCAGGGGUGGUUGUGCUCGUCUGUCAGGAGGAUGGCACCUGGAAUGGCACAGCCCCCGCAUGCAUCCCUGCUGAGUGUAGUGUACCCCCGAGCCCGGAGCAUGGAUCUGUCACCUUAACGGACACAGCUCUGGGCAGCCUGGUGGAGUACAGCUGUGAGGAGGGCUAUGAGCUGGAGGGCCAGACGGUGCGGCAGUGUGUCUCUGGCCGGCAGUGGAGUGAUACGCCACCGGUCUGUAGGCUGGUCUCUUGUGGGAACCCAGGGGACGUCAGUGGCGGCACGGUCACAGUCACAGCGGGGUAUUCUUACUCUUACUUGUCAGUAAUCCAAUACGAGUGCCAUUCUGGAUACAUCCUGCAGGGCGGCGCUACCAGGACAUGCCAAGCUGACGGAAAGUGGGAUGAUAAAGAGCCGCAGUGUGCGGCUGUGUCCUGCGGGGCGCCUCUCAUCCCGAGUGACGUCAUCGUAAAGGGAAAGGAUUACACAUACAGCAAAAAGCUGGAGUUCAGCUGUAAGCCUGGUUUCAUGCUAAAGGGAACGCCUUUUACCACCUGUCUGGCAAAUGGCACCUGGGGUCAAGCCACCCCAGCAUGCUUCCCUGCAGACUGUGGGCAGCCUCCAUCUAUCGCUAAUGGUCGGGUCACAGGAAAUGACUAUGGCUAUCUGAGUGAGGUGAGAUAUGAGUGCAAUGAGGGUUACACUUUGACAGGAAGUUCUGUACGGGUGUGCAGGGAUGAUGCAUUGUGGGACAGGUCUCCACCUCGAUGCAACAUAGUCACAUGUGACCCACCUGAGGAUAUCAGCCAUGGAUACCUCAAUGGAUCCAGUUUCAAUUUUGAGGAUGUGGUUGAGUAUGUUUGUUUCCAAGGAUAUCAGGUAGUGGGCAACCCAUUCUUGCGCUGUGGGACGAACGGCUUUUGGGUCGGAUCAGUACCAGAAUGCCGUCCCUGCGUCUGCAACCCACCGGUUCUGAAGUCUGGAGCUGUGCUGGGUCGGGACCACAACUGUGGGGAGCGGGUGCGGUACCACUGUGACGACGGCUACAGGACUCUGGGGCCCUCGGAGGCUGUGUGUGAGAAAGGUGGAAUCUGGAGUCCCGGGGUGCCCAUCUGCUCUCGGGGGCGAUGCCCUCCCACGCCACCCGAUGUCCCUAACGCUGUCCUGCAGGGCGGGAGUGCCAUCCCCCCUGAGACUCUCACCUACGCGUGCAGGCCGGGCUAUCAACUCAGAGGCUUUCCGCACAUUACGUGUGACCGGGGCAAGUGGACAGAACCUCGCCUCUCUUGUGAGCCAGUGUCCUGCGGAACGCCUCCAUACAUCCCAAACACCAAGACUGUGGGAGAUGCGUUCACUUUUGGAAGCCAUGUACAGUACAGGUGUUCAGAUGGCUUUGAGUUGGCCACACAGACAAACACCCUCUCCUGUCAGAGCGAUGCCACCUGGUCUAAGCACAGUGUCCGUUGCCGGCCAGUGCCUUGUCACUUCCCUGUCAACCUCACCCACCUGGUGGCUACAGGGGAACAUCCAACCCCCAUAGGAGGCACUGUCACCCUGUCCUGCAAGACCGGAUUCUACCUGGAGGGGCCAAGGGUCUCCAAGUGUGAACUUGGUGGGAUCUGGUCUCCCGGUUUCUCCACCAACUCCUGCCUGUCUGUCACCUGUGGAGAGCCCCCUCUUAUUCUCCAUGGAAACGCUGAGGGCAAAGGUCAUGACUAUGGGGGCAUGGUUAUAUACAGCUGUCUCCCAGGUUUCAUAAUCAAGGGGGACUCUGUGCUGACGUGCCACAGGGACAGAACGUGGAGCGGGAACACUCCCGAGUGUGUUGCUGUCUCAUGUGGAAAGCCCCCAGAGGUGGAGGGAGCGGCUCCGUUCAUGACGGGUGACACGUUUGAAAGUACCGUCAGCUAUGAAUGCCAUCCAGGGCUACGCUUAGUUGGCCCCAAGAACCUAACCUGUUUAUUUGAUGGCAAAUGGAGCUUCCCCAUACCAUCAUGUGAAGCUGGCCUUGAGAGCUGUGAGGGACCGCAGGAGCUGUUGAACGGGAGGGUGCUGGAGCAUAGCCUGGCCAGCGGCCGUGCUCUGGGCUUCCGCUGCGAUAAAGGCUUUGACCUGCAGGGGGAGCCGCUGGUGGUUUGCAUGGGAAACGGCUCCUGGAGCGCCCCCUUCCCCAGCUGCACACCCAGGUCCUGUCCCCCUCCCCCGGGCUGGGCCGUCAGCAGUGCCAACACUUCACAGGUGGGCUUCCUGGUAGGCCAGACUGUGCCAGUCACCUGUCCAAAGGGCCAGCAGGCCAAGGGCACAGCCACGCUCAUCUGCAGGGCUGACCAGACAUGGAGCCCCAUCAGUGCAGCCUGUGAGAGGGUGUCCUGUGGCCCCCCUCUCCACGUGGCCAAUGGGGUGGUGCGGGGGGCGGUCUUCCAGUUUGGGGACAUGGCGGUGUACUCGUGCUUCGGCGGGUACGCCAUGGAGGGCCCCAGCCGGAGCGUGUGCCUGGAGAACGGGACCUGGACCCACCCCCCCGCCUGCCGAGCUAUAUGUUGGCUCCACUGCCAGAACGGAGGUGUGUGCCAGAGGCCCAACACCUGUGCCUGUCCGGAGGGAUGGAUGGGGCGACUCUGUGAAGAGCCCAUCUGUAUUCUUCCCUGUCUGAAUGGGGGGCGCUGUGUGGCUCCUUACCAGUGCGAGUGUCUCGCAGGAUGGACAGGCACCCGCUGCCACACAGCUGUCUGUUCCUCCCCGUGUCUGAAUGGAGGGAGGUGCAUCCGACCGAACAGGUGUCAAUGCAGUACGGGCUGGGGUGGACAUGUCUGCUCCAGGAAAAGGAAAUCAGGAUAUUUUCAUUUUUAAAGAUGCCACUCGCCGUGAUUGACAUCUUGACAUCCUCAGCCAGAAUCAUUUUGGGACCAUUAUUUCAGAACUGAAAGCUACAUUCUCUUUCUUCCACCUCCAGAAACUCCAAUACAUGUUUUGUAAAAUAAAGCUGUAUUUUUUCAUAUAGAAAAUAAACAGUAUUAAUUAUAUGCUGCUA